AUGAGAGGCAACAGCACAACACCACCAGCCAUGAGACAUCACGUCCUGAGUCUUGCAGCCCAAAAAAAUACUAUGCUACGUGUUCUCCUAGCCUUGGCUAUCUUUGUGACCUAUUGUGAUGCUCAGUGCGUGGUAAUGCCCUUGGAGAUCAGUCCAGGGGGUGGAGCAGAAGGUUGCAGGGAUUCUAAUGGUGUAAUGCACGACUUUGACACUCAAUGGGAAUCUAAUUGUAUGAGCUGUUCAUGUGAUGCAAGCUUUGGACUAAGUUGCUGCAGCAAGGUGAUGAGGCCUACAGGCUAUGAUGAAGUUAAGUGCAAGGAAAUUUUCAACGAGGAGACCUGUACAAUUGCUGUUGUAGAGAAGGUCGAUCCCACUGUAUCCUGUGAAGUCACAGGUUACGUAGGUUAA